AUGGGUCGUAUGUCGAACGCGUUGGCGAUGACGAUGAAUCAAUCAUUAGACACUCAAGCCGCACCCAGUGCUGAUAUUUUAGUGUUUGUCAUUAAAGAUGAACGUGGAAGAGCUGAGAUUUGUUUUUCAAAGCCCGCAAGUGGCUUUGAAACAUUGAACUUUAUUAUAAACUUUAUCACCUCAACCUCUUUAAUAUCAAAAUAUGGAUGGCAUCCUCCGUCUAGAUUUUUAUUUUUGGUUUGUUGUGGAUUGUGUGAUCACUUUAAUGGAUGGAGGCAGGUAUUAUUGGCUUUCAAAAGAAAAGAUAAGAAAUCAUGA